AUUAUUUUUACGCUACUAUUACUCUAUCGUCAUUUAAGCCGUAAUUUUAACUAUUGGUCGGACAGAGGCCUAAACGGACCGAAACCCUGGAUAUGGUUUGGAAAUACAUUUGAGGAGUUGUUUCGUCCGAUUUCUCUCAUCGAUAGAGAAAGGCGUCAAAAAUAUGGACUGACUUAUGGUGUGUUUGAAUCAAAUGAGCCAAUUAUGAUGACAUCGGAUCCAAAGUUAAUCAAAAAUAUUUUGAUCAAAAAUUUUCAUAUAUUUUGCAAUUCAAGUCUAACAUUAUUAACACCAGUCGAUCAUCCAAUCUAUCGGCACGUCAUCGACAACAGUGGCGACCAGUGUUGGCAACGGAUGAUCAGUAUUAUUAGGACAUUGUUUUCGGUGAAAAAUCUUAAAUCAUUAGCUGAUAACAAAUUAGGUAAAAAUUUAUGUAAUUUAAUCAAAUCUAUGGAUGAAAUGGUUGGCCACAAGUCGGCUCCAGACACCGGUAUUGUUGUCGAUAUUCGCCAAUUGUUUGUCAAUCAAUCGAUAGACCUGUUGGGGUCAGUCAUGUUUUCGUGGAAACAACAACAACAACACAAUACAUACAAUGAUUAUCCCAAUAGUGAUAAGUUGUCCAAAAUUAUCAAUAGUCUAGUAUUUCCAUCUAAAUGGCGUAUACUAUGUCUACUGGUAUUACCGAAAUUCAUACUACAGGUGCUCGAUAUGUCUAAUCUAUUGCCUAAUAAAACACUCGAUAUGUUUGCUGAGCUAAUGAUUGACGAGUUUGAUAAACGUUUGAUUUUAUCGGCCAAUAAUAAUACUAAUAAUAUUUGCGAUGACUUUUACCAACAGCUACUGAAUAGAUGUCCAGAUUUUAACAAAUCGCUAACAAUUGUCAAUAAUAAGGUAUCAGCUAUUGAUGAUAAUAUUGAUGAUGAAGUUAAUAAUAAAAAAUCAAUUGAUGAAAUUUAUUCACAAACUAUGGAUCAAAUAUUAAGUAAAGAGGAAGUGAUGGGUAAUAUGUUGUCGCUAUCGCAGGGCAUAUAUGUCGGCCAUUCGGUUACAAUGACAUACAUUAUCUAUGAGUUAGCCAUCAAUACUGAUUGCCAGCAAAAAUGUUACGACGAGUUAAUUGCUACUAACUGUUGGGACAGUCGUAUAAACGGCCAGUUAUUGUUUGAUUGGGAAACAGUCGACAAACUUGACUAUUUGAAUGCCUGUAUAUCGGAAACAUUGAGACUACACCCGGCUGUCAAUAGAGACGGACGGGUAGCCAAUCAGGACUAUAUUGAGGAGACAACCGGUGUGACCAUCAAAAAAGGUCAGGAGAUUCAGUAUUCACUGUCAGCACUACAACAGUGUCCCGAUUACUACCGAAUGCCCGACCAGUUCAUACCCGACCGGUUCCUCAAACAUAACAAACACCUAUUGAUUGAUUCAGCGUAUCUGCCGUUUGGUUUGGGCCGUCGUAUGUGUCCCGGCUAUAAGUUUGCCCUAAUGGCCAUCAAAUUGACCAUGGCACAUUUGCUGAUCAGAUACAAGUUUGUAGCAAUCGAUGGCCAAACUGUACUGAAAACCGAUCCGAUUGUCGAUAACUAUAUUCAAUGUCCGGAAAAAUUGUUUGUGAAAAUUGAAAAACGUGUUUAA